CUAAUUUAUCUUUAUUGAGCAGAAUUAGCGGACGUGGUGCAAUACUGCACGGGUCGCUACUCGUUUUAUCCUCAGCUAGAGACGGGAAUAACCAUAUUCUUCCUCCACUAGCGUUUAUUUCGCUUUUAUCCUGUGAAUGUGCCCUUUGCCCUUUAUUUACGGACUGAACUGCGCCAUUCUGAAUGCCUUUUUCUUGCAGUCUUCAGCUCUCCGUCGUGUGUUCCCCGCACAUAUCAGCCUAGAGAUAUUUGUGUACAGUGUUUCUUCAGUUUGCUGCGAGGCGCAUACAAAGUUGCGUUAUGAUGCACGAAAGUUGCAGCGGUCGCGUUAGCUAUGUGCAUUAGCUAGCGCGCUCAUCGCAAACGAGCCGUCUUAUCGUACUCUAAAGUACAAAAACGGGUUAUAUUCGCUGCUGACAGCCUGUAUACGGUGUCGUCGGUUUGAAAUGACACAGAGGGAAUGACACAAGCGAGUAUACACACGGAUUGACCGUCUCUGUUUCGACCGCGUCCGACUGAAGCGGCGGUAUUUGUAUGUUCGGUGACACUUUUGACAUUAGCGUCGCUGUCAGCUCGUUUGUGGCUCUCGCGCGGGUUUUAUCCUUCUUUUAUUGUGUUUUGCAUUCGCAUGGCUGAAGGGUAACUUGUACUGAGUUUUUUUUGUCGGAGGGGCGUUUACCGUGUUGAAGCUAGCAGAAGCUUUUUGACGGGUAGAUCACGGGCUGUCGGGAGUUUGACAAGCAGCUUAUGUAAUGCUGGCGAUUCCCAGCUCUACCGCAAAAGACGAAUAAACAGCGCGUAUUCAGAGUCGCGCGGCGAAGUUCAUUUCGUCACACGACUUCUAUGCGUCGUCGUUACGGCGCAUUUAUUUUUUUCGUUAGUUGUUUUUGCGACUCGCUGCUGUUGAAACACUGUGUCGAAGCUGCAGCGCGUCUUGUAAAAUGUAUUGACCAUGCGGGAAGUUCAACGAAAAACUAUUGCGCACACCAUCUAAACCCUCAAACAGCUUUGGACUUGUAUAGAAAUGCAUUUUUCGUCGUAAAUCUUGUGAAGGAUUGAGAAAUGGAUCGUGGACUGAAACGCAGCAGUAACAGUGCUGAGAAUUUAACUUUUGGGGAUUGUAUCGAGAGAGGCCUCAUGCCUAAUAUUGGUGUCAGUGUGUCUGCUUUAAAUACGUCAAAAGAUUUCUCUAAUGGACUGAGCGGUGGUGACGCCCAAAGAAACCUCUCUAUGGCAGAUCCAUCCGUAAUAGGACGUGACAUACAAGAACCAGAUGUUAAGGCAUUUAAACCUUUCAGAAUGCAGCACCAGCAAAAGGUAAAAGAGUCCCUCAACGUUGGGGAGAACUUUUCUCUCUUGGACGAGAGCAUCGCGGACUUAAAUCGUGGUUCUGGCAUCCAGGCCCCUGAUACUUUUACAAUGAAAAUGGAGGAGUUUUCCCCCAUGGAGAAAGAUAGACUGGACUUUCCACCCUACGGACAUCCGGGUAAGGAAAUAGACGGUAACGAGAGAGUGAUUGGAGACAACACCAUUGACAUCCUUCAGGAUCUGGACUUACCUGACUCCCUAUCUGACCUGAAUGAGUUUUACGUUGCCGACGAGGCUGCCUUUCUCUCCUCAUUGGCAGUGGACGAUGCCCUGCUGGGAGAGAGCAACUUGCUGAAGGAUACUAGCCCUGUUGUCACUGGCAACAGUGCAGCCUGUGCAAAUGUGAACGGCACGGGGAAACGGCAGCAGAUGGUGGAAGCCAGUGUCAACAUGCCGGUCAUAAAGACAGAGAAAGACCCAGACUUUAUCCAGCUGUGUACACCGGGUGUCAUCAAACAGGAGAAUGAGAGGCGGAGCUACUGUCAGAUGUCAGGGAUGGGUGGGCCUCACGGUGGGCCCACCGCUUUGGGAGAUAUGGGUGGACAGGGAUACCACUAUGGAGCCAACGCCGCCUCAGCUGUGAAUUUACCAGAUCAGAAACCUCCUUUUGGCCUGUUUUCUCCUCUGUCCACCUUAAGUGACGGCUGGGUUCGAGGAAAUGGAUAUGGAGAUCCGUCUGGGAUGCAGAGAGCCAAUGAGACAGUACUUCCGUCCACCUAUCCAUACAGCAGCUCUUUGGCCAGGCCUGAAGUGAGCAGCUCCAGUCCUUCAGGAUCAGUCAAGCCCGGUGGAAACCAUAAGAUCUGCCUGGUGUGCUCCGAUGAGGCCUCUGGAUGUCAUUAUGGGGUGCUCACUUGUGGCAGCUGCAAGGUUUUCUUCAAAAGAGCCGUGGAGGGAUGGAGAGCACGACAAAACACAGAUGGGCAGCACAACUAUCUCUGCGCAGGAAGGAACGAUUGCAUCAUCGACAAGAUAAGAAGAAAAAACUGCCCUGCAUGCCGCUUUCGCAAGUGUCUUCAGGCCGGCAUGAACUUGGAAGCUCGGAAAAACAAGAAACUGAUGCGAUUACGGGGUCAUUCCUCCUCAAGUGAGCAGGCCCCGGCUCUGCCUGAUGAACGUGUGUGUUCGCUGGUGCCCAAAGCCAUGCCCCAGCUGGUGCCCACCAUGCUGUCCCUGCUCAAAGCCAUUGAGCCUGAGAUCAUUUACGCGGGCUACGACAGCACCAUCCCAGACACCUCCACCCGCCUCAUGACGACGCUGAACCGUCUGGGAGGCCGUCAGGUCGUCUCCGCUGUCAAGUGGGCCAAGGCCCUUCCUGGCUUCAGAAACCUGCACCUGGAUGACCAGAUGACGCUGCUGCAGUGCUCCUGGCUCUUCCUCAUGUCCUUCGGCUUGGGCUGGAGAUCCUACCAGCAGUGUAACGGAGGCAUGCUGUGUUUCGCUCCAGACCUCGUCAUCAAUGAGGAGAGGAUGAAACUACCCUACAUGAGUGACCAGUGUAACCAGAUGCUGAAGAUCGCCAGUGAGCUGGUCAGGCUGCAGGUGUCCUACGACGAGUAUCUCUGCAUGAAAGUGCUCCUGCUCCUCAGCACAGUACCAAAGGACGGCCUUAAAAGCCAAGCUGUGUUUGAUGAAAUCCGCAUGUCGUACAUCAAGGAGCUGGGCAAAGCCAUUGUUAAACGAGAGGAGAACUCCAGCCAGAACUGGCAGAGGUUCUACCAGCUCACUAAGCUUUUGGACUCAAUGCAGGAGAUGGUGGAGGGGCUUCUCAACUUCUGUUUCUACACAUUUGUGAAUAAAUCUCUGAGCGUGGAGUUUCCUGAGAUGUUGGCGGAGAUCAUCAGCCAUCAGCUACCAAAAUUUAAAGACGGGAGUGUCAAGCCUCUUCUGUUCCAUCAGAAAUGACUGCCUUAGAUCAUAACAAUGCCUUAACGCCACCCUUUUCUUACCAGCGCUAGUCCAACCUGCCCAUUUUCAGUCGCUUCUGCUUGAUUCUCAGAGGGAAGAGGUGAAGUUCGCUCUUCAGAAAUCUUCGUGGAGCAGGACAAAGGACGCAGUUGUGUGUACUUGGAGCAGACUGAAUUUGACUUGGAGAAAUGAGAACAUUUUUAACGAUAUUUUCUCUUUUUUUUGCAUGUACACUGCUGAAAUGUUUACAAAGGUAUAUCAAAAAAGGGAAAUGUGCCUUUUUUGCGCUUUGCGAAUCAAUUUCGAACAUUUCUCAGGCUAACGCGAUGACUUGGCAUACAAAAAUGUAUGUCGAUGAUUCACAUUCAUCAUGUCUGUUUCUGCCCUUGUCUAAACCUGCCGUGAUGAGCUCUCUGUAGGCAGCUCAAUGCUCCCCAGAGGUGCUUGCAGCCCAUGAAACAUAAGGCCAUAUUAUGCUGUUUUUUAACUCUCAUCGAAUCUCCAAACCAUAAAACAAUUUUGCAUGGAGCACCGUGAUUCAAUUCAAAUCAAGAUGUGUUCCGUGACUGACAGCAAAUACUCCGUUGUUUCUUUGUUUUUUGAAUAGGUUCCCCUGAAAUAGAAAUUGGAGGGAUGGGUCACCCAAAAAUUCCAUAUAUUCAAUUCUUAUAUUGAAUUUCCAAAAUUAUUAUUUUUUUAUUCACCCCCUUGUUGUUUCUUUACUCUGUGGAACACAAAAGGAAAAAAUCCAAAUAAUUUCCUGUUUGCUAUUUUUAAUUCCAAUGAAUGUUGGCUGGAGCUUUACGAAACAUGCCACAAACAUUACAAACGUGUAAUGUGACUCAUUUUACUAAUUCAUACCAUAACGUGGUGUGAUGAGCAAACCUAAAUUACUCCCUAAUUAUUCACUGAAAAUGUACCCUUUCCAGUCAAUUUGGACAUUUUGUGAUCUUGAUCAGCUAUACACAAAUGUGACUCGAAAGAAAGAUAUAUUUAUGAAUCAGACAAUUUUGCCAGUCCUCAUUGUCAUUAUCGAGAAGAAGAAAAAAAAAAAAAAAGCUAGGCUUUUCUAUAAUAAUAGAUUUUUUAAAUAUAAUAUGUAUCUGUUUUUCCCUCUCAGACAAAAGUAAUUUAUUUGCAAACAACAUGAGGUUGUGAACUAUUAUUAUAUAAAACUAUUAUUAAAGACUUUUUAUUACCUCAGGUCCAAAUUAAAUAAAUAACAAUUUUGACUUGCAAGCAUUUGGAUAUAAAGCAGGUGAUGAUAAGUCAUGAAAUCAGUCAAUGAGUUCAGGGUUAAUCUAUCAGAUUUCCAUCCAUUCUGGUCACAUUCAGAUAUCCCAGCAUUCCCCUGUGUUCAUGUAAUUUGGUGAAUGUUUGUGCUAGCUUGAAGUUUCACAUCCGCCGACAUCUCAAACUUUUUUUGUUUUCUGUCAUCCCGUGUUAAAUUUAAAUGUUUCGGAAUUCACUCUGCAUAUUCUAAAUCCGGUAACCCAAUAUGAGGCCCACAAGUUUUGACCCACUUUUCUUGUCUGUGUCUUUGAUGUAUCCCUGUGGUGCCAAGCCACAAACGCACUCUUUUGUGGUAACAUCAGAACAAAAGGAACAUUUGUCGUUCUCGUGCUCGGGCAUGUGUUUGCUUAUUGUUACGUGUCAACUGACAUUGGUGUCUGCGCUUCAGGGUUUUUGCACCAGCUACGCUUGAUUACCAGCAUAAAGGAAUAAUUCAUCCAACAAUGAAAAUUCUGUCAUUAUUUACUCUCCAUCAUGUUGUUCCAAACUUGUAUGUAGUGAUUUUUCUGUCACUGUGUCGUCUUUUGUGUACCAAAAAAAAAAGAAAAAAAAAAGGGGGUUCGGAAUGACACAUGGUUAAGUAAAUGACAGAAUUUUCAUUUAUAUAAUAUUCCUUUUUUGUUUUGCACUUGGGUAUCCCGCACGUUUCUGGAAUUUUUAGUGUUUGUGUACGUAAGAUAAUUGAACAUUCAAACAUUGACCUAACAAAACUAUUUUAACUAUAUUUGUUAAUUUUGCCAUGAUGGCCAUGUACAGUAUUAAAAAAUCCAUGGCAAUCAGAGGGUUAAAGGUUAAUUUUUGACAGAAUCUGCUGUCUGUCGUUGGACUCCUGCUUUUGGCGUGUUACCGAGCCGCUGUUUGUCUAACGCUCAUUUCUAACGGCUGAUGUGAAAUUGAAAUGUCACAGUGCAUAUCCCAGUCCUCCUGGCGGAUUCCUCAAAUAUUUUAGCGCAUUUUAAGAGACUGUUUUUUUACAAAUUCCUCGCUAGGUUUGUGAGAUGUCGCGUUUUCUAUUUGUUUCACAGUAGGCCUUGCAAAGGGAGUUUGUGAGCCAUAAAACGUAGGUUAUAUAAAUUCAGAGGUUUUUUUUUUUUUUUUUGAUUGGUAAUCAUUGAUAAUUUAUAAAAGAAGCUAAAACUACAAUAUAAUUACACAGAUUCUCUUUGAUAUACACAUCAUUUUACAACAAAAUAAUUUUAAUACAUAAAGUUGUAUUGCUAUCUUUUUUUUAAGAUCGGUAUUGCAGAUGCACUUUUGAAAGAAGUGUUAUGUUGUAUGUAAAUGUAAAUUCUAUAAAUCUAUAGGGAAUAUAUGAGUAAUCACUGUUUUAAAGACUGACAGCUUAAAGUUAAAAGUCGGGUAUGCAAGUAUAUUUUGUAUAGUGCAACAGAGUGACCAAAGCAACGCAGAUUUAAAAAAAAAAAAAAAAAAAUUAAAUAAAUAUUUAAAGCAGUUAAACAGAUUUUACAGUAGCACUUACUACCCAACUCUAGGCUCUUUUUACUUUUAUUUUAUCCUUUUCUAUUUCUUUUAUAAAGAUUUAGGCUUUGGUCUCCAUGUAUAAUGCUGUAAAAUUAACUAGUAUAAAUAUAAAUAAAGCUGUGUGUAAAAGUAAUGUAUCAGAGCCUGAGAAUUUGCACUACCCUAAUACUGGCCUGACAUAGUAUAUUUUGUACAAAAAUUCAUGCAGAUACUAUCUUUAAAGAUUAAGGGCAAAUCCUAUUUCACUGGUAUAUGGCUUUCAUUAAAGUCUGUUUUGUUUUGUUUGCAUUUCAGUUAUAUGUAAAAUAAUCCAAUGUAAAGGAUAUACAAUGUCUAUUUGUUUGAAAAAAAUAGUUUUGUAUGACUUCUGUAUUACACUUCUCCUGUAGUCAACGUCGAUCUUUACACAUAUUUGAUUAAAUGUUGGACAAAAUUUG